AUGCCGUCUACACGCGCCAGUAUCCUUGCCCAGGAGAUCAAAGACCGACAGAAAACGAAUAUUGAUGGCCACCAGUUUGUUCCCUUCGAGUGGCUAGUGGACUUGUUAACACUGGAUGUAAUUGAGGAAGUGCUCAGUGAAGGCAAGAUCGAGCUGUACGAACGACGGCCGAUCGCUAAGGCCGUGGUCGAAAGUGAGCGGAAAACCUUCGCCACGCUGGUCCUUGUCGGUGAGCCAGACAGAAUAUACGAUUUCAAGCGGACCGACCCGGGCGUGGACGAAGGGGGCCCUGAUAAUAAGUUGCCCCUGACGAUGACCCAUCUGAGCCAUGUUUUCGACAGGCAAGAAGUCGGAGAUGCUUUCUUCGAGAAGCAGUUUCUCUUCCUCGUUCCGACGUUUCCGCAAGGAGUACCUCACCGCGUCAUUCCGGACGAGAUCCGACUUCCAUCUCUCAAGCCCAAUGUUGAUCCCAACGCCAAAGGGGCAAAAACCCCAGGAGGACAUUUCGGCGUCGUGUCGAAGGAGAAGCUGCCGCCUCCGAAGUACGGCCAAAGUGACGAAGAUUGCAUGACGCUGGUUCGAAAGAUGUUGAAAGCUAAGGGCGGCGAUGGCUACAAAGGGGAGCUGCGAUGUCUCCAUCUCCUUAACGAGAUCCGGCAUCCUUGUAUCCUAGAGCUUUGUGGAUCGUACACGCAGCAGCAGACGCACAAUUUUCUGUUCACCGAAGCGACGGGUGGCGAUCUUUACGACCUGCUCAGGAAGAAUGAACGCCCACCCGAGUUUCGGACGAACGAGGCCAUGUACCUCGCCAUCUGCGGCUUGGUCUCGGCGUUGGAACAGCUGCAUUACUAUACCAACGAUGACCUCAAGAUCGAGCUUCUGGGAUGCCACCACGACCUAAAGCCGCGGAACAUUUUGGUCGACGGCGGGCGAUUCAUUCUUGCGGACUUUGGGCUGACCAUCAUGACUACAGUUCAAGACCUUCAACAGCUUGCCGAAGACCGUGACUUGUACUUUGAUGCACCCGAGAGGCUCGACUACACCCUGCCGCAGCCAGUCAAAAAGGAGAUUGGGCCUCCGAGCGUCAUAUGGUCUCUAGGCGCAAUCCUUGCCGUCAUCUUCGCAUACAUGAGAGGCGGCCCAAAUGAGGUCGAGAACUUCAGGAACAAGCGGACCUUCUUUUACAAGCCCCAGGAAGACGGGGGGAUGAUCAUCCUCAAAUCAUUCCAUGACCGGGGAAAGCCGAACGACGGAGUGGAGGAAUGGUUCGCCACCAAGGAUAAACCGAGUACUGUCGUCGAAGAGGACUUGGUUGCGCUCAUCUGGGACAUGUUGAAGAUCGAGCCUGCCAAGCGGCCAGGAAUCCGUGCGGUUCUUAGGCGCCUACGAUGUAUCGCACUCAAGGAAGCCGCCAAGCCGAUAAUGGACCAUCUUCUCGAGGCGCCUAUUGAGCCCGGAAAACCUCGUGAACCGCUCGAGUAUGCUGUGGAGAGGCAGGUGUUUUUGGAAUGGCUCACCAUGGUCAGCGACGCCUCUCGACUGGACAAGCUCGAAUUCCUCCACACGGAUGAGAUGUUUGACCAGGUCCAUCGCACCGUUUCCGCCAUCCGGAGCGAGUUUCAGCCUCUCUCUCAGGCAGCUCGGGACGACUCGCCUUUGUUUGCGCGACUGCGGCGCCUCAACGACCAGCUCCUUGCAUGCUUGGACGAGGCCGACGAGUACAGUGCUCGCACCAGAGCCGAGCUGAAGGUCAUGCCUCGAGCGCGGGAGAUUGCCAAGGAGGGCGGAGUAUCAGGCGCUGGGCGUCCGCCCGCGGCAGUCCCAGAGUCAGAGAGGGAGAUGGAGCCAUACAGACUGAACGAGAAGGUUAAGUUACUGCUAUCAGUCGAGAAUGUCAUGCAUCUCAUGACUGAGUCUAAGAGUAGUGUGCGAAAGCUGGAUGCGAGUAGUAUAUCACGUUUCAAGGAUGAAAAGAGAGAGGAUAACGGAAUAAACGAGGAGGAAAAGGAGGAAAAGGAGGACGACGACAUGGAUCCUGGCGAGGUCCAUGCUUUUUGGACUGGCACGCUUGUCGACGACAAUGGCUCGUCAACGCCCGUCAUUGUCGAGGAUCUGGACAUAGGCCCAGCAUUCAGCGAAACAACUACCAGCGAGAAGCUGUUCGAAGGGCUGGAACAGGUCCUUGUUGGCUUGACGCCCGAGCUGGCUACUAGAUUCCAGGUUCUGAGUUGCGCGGGAAUCUAUCAUGACAUCAAACGCCGGAGAAUCAGACUCACCUACCACUACCCCAACACCGGCAUCCCCCUCGCUGUGGCGCGGCCAAGGGUCCGAGAUCUCGCCCAGGUUCUCAGAGAGCACGCGGAUCCAUUCGACUACGAACAACGUAUCAUCGUAAGCCUCGACGACCGUCUGCAGCUGGCCCACGAUCUCGCCACGGCCGUGUUUGAGUUCCACAAGAUGAACUGGUGGCACAAAAACAUAUCGUCUCGACUCGGUGACGCAGACUACUCCAACAAGAUGCACAGUGAGGCUGCCUGCUUCGCGUACUGGCACCCCGACUAUGCCGGCGCUGAUGCAGCCGAUAUGCAGACAGCGUCGGGUUAUUUGGCCGAGUACGACUACUACGGGCUUGGACUCGUUCUUCUGGAAAUCGGCAUCUGGUGCCCCUUGUGGCGUAUGGUGAAUAUCAACACUACGGAACGGGGCGAGAUUAGGGCUCAGCUGCGCAGUCUGUGGGUGCCAUUGUUGGCCUCGGCCGUAGGAAACAAGUAUGCGCAGGCGGUAGAUGCUUGCCUUUCGGGAAAGCUGAGCGAAUGCCAGUCCGGAAAGGUGACUGACAAGGAGAAGGUGGAUCUGGCAUUUGAGCAGCUUGUUCUGCGGCCGUUGGGUACGCUGGUGGGGAGUUGA